AAGAUACGAAGAUGCCUGGUGAGAAGGAGAAAGAAGAAGAAGAUUUCAGUGAGCAGCCAGACCUAGAAGAUGAGGAACAUGGCAUUGAGAUGUCAGAAGACUUUGAAGGGAAGCUUCAUGAUCAGGAACAAACAGAAGGAGACCAAGAGAAUGACGAUAAAGAUGAAGAUGGAAAGGAGGAGCUGGAUAAACAGAUGGGGGAUGUAGAUGGACCGGAGUCUGAUAAACUUGAUGAGAGGAUGUGGGGAGAUGAGGAGGAAGAGGAGGAGGAAGAUGGAGAGAAGAGCAAAGAGAAGGAAGACGAGUUUGGAGAUGGAAUGGAUGAGGAAGAAUCAAGGAUGGUUGCCAAGGAUGAGAAUCAAGGUGAUGCGGAGGGAGACGAUCAAGAGGACAAGAACGAGAGAAAGGAUAACACCGAAGAGCCUCCUGACCCUAAUAAUCUAGAACCUAAGGACGAGAGUGAAUUCAACGAUGAUGAGGUUGACCCUAGAAAGGCCAACGACCCACCCGCAGCACCAGAACCAGGUGACCUUGACCUUCCUGAUGACCUUGACAUGGAUAAGGAAGAGAAGAUGGAUGAAGGGGAGGAGAAUGCCGAAGAAUCAAAUCCUUUGGACAUUGAGGAGGAGAGGUUUGAUGAGCCACUGAAGGACAAGGAGGAAGACCAAGAAGGGGAAGGAGAAGGGAAGGAAGAGGAGAAGAUGGAAACUGGAGAGAAUGAUGGUGAAGAUAAAGACACCCACCAAGAGGAACCUGUUGCCAUGGAAACAAAUGAAGAGGAUCGGGAGGAUGGAGAUGGUGACGAAGAGGGGAUGGGAGACGACAAGAAGGGAUUCGAAGACAAGGGACAGGAAGACGAGAACGAAGAAGAAUCCAAAGAUGAGGAGGAAGGGAUUGACUAUGCCCCGGAUGAGUCCCAUGAUACAGACCAAGCCCCUCAAGGAUCGGAGGCCAUGGCUAGGUCCAAGGCUUCCAAAGACAUGGUCCAGGCACCGGACGACGAGGACGCACUGAAGGAACAAGAACAGAAGAAGGAGGAGGCGGGGAAGUCAGGAGAAGAUGCUGAAGAGGAUAAGCACAGAUCAGGUACGGCUGAGUCACGGCUAGACCAGAAAGGUCACGAUGGGUCAGCGACCUCGGAGGUCACCACCCAGGAGCAGAGUGCCAGGGAGGAGAACAAAGAAAGCAAGAAGCCAAGCCAAUCAGAUAGCAAGAGAAGUCUUGGCUCCACCCAGGAAAGAUACAACAAACGUCUCAAGACGAUGGAUGCCAGCAAGGAGACGGAGAAGAAAGAUACUGGCAAGGAGAAAGAGAAUGAAACAGAAAAAUCCGAUCUGUACGAGCAUCUCGCCGACUCGGAGGCACACCACGACGCCCAGACAAUGGAUGCAGCCACAGAAGAGCAGAUGAAGGAGAAGGAAUCGGUUCCCACGGCCGGAGACGAGGAAGACGAAGGGCUGGAAGAUGGUGAUGAGGAGAAGAUGAAGACGCAGGAGGAGAAGGAAGAAGAGGACCCUACAGUCAGUGAUGAGCUUCCAUCGCACACCCUGCUCACCGCCUCCGACAGCACCAAGCUGGACGCCCCGCCUACCGACACCAACCCAGACACCAAAGACGAGGACCACACCCAACAGGACGAGGAUGCGGGAGAAGAUGAUGACACCAUGGAAACGGAGGCGGGAGGAGAGAGGCCGACGGAAUCCACCAUCCAUACCGUCGUGGAGCACCUGGGACAGGGAGCAGGAGCAGCGGGAGCGAUGAUGGAUCCGGAGGAGGUGGAGAAGCUCCGGAGGGAGAUGGAGGAGCAGUUGGCAUUGAUGAAUCGCCAUGGCGAUGGAGAGGGUGACGAAGCUGAGAAGAUGUGGCAAUCCUGUGAGUCGGUGACCUCGUCCCUGGCUCGGGAUCUUUGUGAGCAACUCAGACUGGUCUUGGAACCAACCCAAGCAUCCAAACUCAGGGGAGAUUUCCGGACCGGGAAGCGCUUGAACAUGAGGAAGGUGAUUCCGUACAUUGCUAGCGGGUUCCGCAAGGACAAGAUCUGGCUGAGGAGGACCAAGCCUAGCAAGAGACAGUAUCAGAUCAUGUUGGCGGUGGAUGAUUCCUCCAGUAUGGCUGAUAAUAGGUCCAAGAGGCUUGCCUUUGAAUCUCUUGCUGUGAUCAGCAAUGCACUGACGUGGCUGGAAGCAGGACAACUGGCAGUCUGCAGUUUUGGGGAGUCGGUGAAGCUCUUGCACCCGUUUCAUGAACAGUUUUCCGACCAAUCAGGAUCAAGUAUUCUAAGACAAUUCACAUUUGACCAGAAGAAGACAAAAAUUGCCCAGCUUUUGAAAUACGCCUCAGCCUCCAUGCUGACGGCUCGCUCGAUGCGGCCACCAGGGGGCGCUGUGGCUGGUCAUCCGGAGACUUCCCAGCUGCUUGUGAUUGUGUCCGACGGGAGGGGCCUCUUCUUGGAAGGCAUGGAGACUGUGAAGAACGCUGUGAGAGCGGCCAGGGAUGCCAACAUCUUCCUCAUGUUUGUGGUCAUUGACAACCCAGAAAAUAAGGAUUCUAUUUUGGAUAUCCGCGUCCCGAUCUUCAAGCAAGCGGGAGCAAUGCCGGAGAUCCAGUCCUACAUGGAACAUUUUCCAUUCCCGUUCUACAUUAUCCUCCGCAACAUCAACGCUCUGCCGGAGACUCUCAGCGACGCAUUGAGGCAAUGGUUCGAGCUGGUGACGGCCACUGAUAAAAGUUGAUGAAGCGUCACCUAGUCCCACCUACAGGGAUUUGCAAUCAUGAAGCCACACUGAGGAGCUUUUCAUGAAGGGAAUCGUCAACUGUUCAGCUGACUCCUCUGCUUUUCAGUCAACCAUUAUCAAGGAAAGUUGUCCCAUCUUGUCAGCCAGUGGGUGUUGAUUUUACAGCUAGCAUACAUGUACACUGUUGGCCACCCAUGGUUGUACGACACUCAUAUCUAUUGCUCUUGAAUCACCAUCUCAAACAUUUAAAGUUGUGGCAUUUUAUUCUUGCUGCUCUAAAACGUUAGUAAGACUCAGAGAAAUUAAAUUCAUGCCCUACAUCUUUUAGCAAUUUUCUUAUUCCUAGAAAUCAGACUGGUCUUUGAAAGGGCCACCAUGACAGGUAUGUUCAGUAGAAAACUUCAUAACUUGGUGCUCAAUGACAUUCACACAACUUCUGCAAGAUAUCACCUGUUGAGUCAAUUGUUCUCUUCAUGACAGCAUUGAUAUUUUUGAUAAUCGAGUGUACAAUUAUGAGAAAAACCAUAUCCUCCUCCUGGCUAAAUUGAGCUCAACAUUGGAAACUGCUGCUAAUACAUGAAUCCAUCUUAUGUGUAAAUCUUUCCUGGAAUUCUACCCAGAAGUGCCUGAUAUUAAAAUCUGACCAAAAUUGGACAAACACAAAACUAAUUUUAUUUCCUGUGAUUUACUAGGAAAUGAACUGUCUUGGUAUUGGGUUGCUGUUAUAUUCAUAUUCUCAAUAAGUUAUUUUAAAAGACCCAAUAACAUGCACAUCGUCAUGUUCAUGUUUUACUGUGUUGUGGAAAAAUAAUAUGUCUUUUUAUUUUUUUUGUAUGCUGGCAGAACAGUACUUGUUUGUUCUUACAGAUCUUUCUAUUCCUGUAUUUUUAAUAUAUUUACAAGAACGUUUUGCUUGUUACAUUUUUAGUCAUGUUGGGGGCUUUUAUGAAUCUGAAUUAAAGCAUUUGAUAUAUUUGAAGUAUUAUAUGUGUGACCUAACAAGGAGGAGACUGCAUGAAUAUCAUGUUAAAUUCCAUGAUACUAGUGAUUUGCCUCAUUUGCCAAAAAAGAAAUUUGGAUGAAGUCCAUAAAGAGCUCUUAUGUUAAUGGUUACCGUUGGGUAAUUCCAUAAAACAAUGUUUGUCCGACCUCCUAUACUUCCUGAAAAUAUUUUUCUCGAUUUGUAGUUCAUAUGAAAGGUACAUGUAUGAUAUCCUCAAAUUACCAAUGCUUGAGUAAUUCAUGAAGGGAAUUAUUGAUAUAGAAAUUGGUGAUUUGAUGUCUCCUCUUUCUUAGUUUCUGCUAAAAAAAAAAGAUGUUCUAAGUAUUUUGAAUACAAAGUGCAAUUGCGUCUUCCAACAUUUUUAUAUUAUCUUACGUAUUCUUGCAUUUGGUCAAACAUCUUUAGUCUAGUCUACAUGUAUGAUUUAGUAGUAUAUUUAUUACAGGUACAAAUGUUAACACCUUUUCUUGAUGCAAAUUAUGCUGUUUAAUUUUUUUUCUGUAAAUUCAACUUUUAAUAGACUUUAGUGUAAAUGUAAAAGAAUGGAUAGAGUUAUCCAUGAUUAAUGUGAACAUGGUUUUAUAAUAAACAUGUAAACACAUGAAAACCUUGAUUUUAUAGUUUUAUGUAAUUUUGUUUAUUAUUCUGAGAGCCAGCGGCAGCAGCCUAGCAGAAUUUUUUUACAAAUUGUCAUCUAUUCCCCUUAGUAAGGAAAUGUGUGUCUGGCUGGGUGUGUUUGUUGAGUGAGUGUGGCCAUGAGAAGGAACCCCCC